GAGUCAUCGACAAUGUCUUCCUCUCCGUCAACAAAGAAGAUCACGCUCAAGACCUCCGAUGAGGUGAUAUUCGAACUGGAGGAGCAAUACGCUUUGGUAUCCCAAACAAUCAAGCAUAUGAUAGAGGACGGAUGCGCUGACAGUACUAUUCCGUUGCCGAAUGUGAACAGCCGUACAAUGGCGAAGGUGAUCGAAUACAUAAAAAAGCAUCAUGAGUUGGCCGCUGAAGGUAAGGAUAAGAAUUACGCAGGCGAGGAAUCUGAAGAACUCAAAAGUUGGGAUGCCAAUUUCGUCAAGGAAAUUAGGCCUGAUCAGGAUAUUCUCUUUGAUGUAAUUUUGGCUUCAAACUUUUUGGACAUUCAAGACCUUUUGGAUUUGCUUUGUAAAGAAGUGGCUAGUAUGAUGAGUGGAAAGACUGUCGAGGAGAUUCGAAAGAUUUUUCACAUCAAGAAUGACUACACUCCAGAGGAAGAGGAAGAAGUUCGUAGAGAGAACCAAUGGGCUUUUAAUUAACUUGCCCAGUAUUCAGAUAUUCAUAUAUUCCAGUUUCAACUUUCAAUUAAUAGAAUCCUAAACUUGAACUUUUGAACUAUAGAUCAAAUUGAUGGACUUGAGUGCAUUGCAUUUAUGCAAGUGGGCUAAUCCCUAACUGAAUAAUACAUGAGUCUCUCGGUACAAAUUUUGCAGGCCCAUGGAAAUUAAGGCAUAAAACAUCCCGCCAUUGUUGAAUUUAAAAAAUAAAAAAAAGUACAGGAAACUCAGUUAAUGGUUU